UUUUACCAGCACUAUGUAAUAGAGCUCAGUUGUUCAAAACACCUGCAUUACCAAUGUGUAAAGUGUCUCAAAUAUCUCAUUAUCAGAAUCAACAAUCCUAAACACGCUUGUCUAGUGUGAAGCAGCGAAAGGAAAAUUUGGAAAUUAUAUCCCGAUUUUAAAACCCGCAUGUUUUCUUUGGAAAUGGACAGCGUUUGAGAGAGACAGCAGAAGAUCGUGUUGAGUGAUAUCUGCGGUGGAGAAGAGAGGUCCCUCACAAAGCCACGCACGCACACAAACGCGCUCAAUCUCGCCACCGCGCGCACAGUCGCUCAUCCACUUCACCGCUAUAGGCAUUGUUACAUUUCAUCCACUUCUAUAAUCGCGCUUUGAACUACCAUGGAAGAGAACAUGGAAGAGGGACAGACACAGAAAGGGUGUUCUGAAUGCUGCCUCAAAUGUCUGAGUGGGAUACCCUAUGCCUCUCUGAUUGCGACCAUCCUGCUGUAUGCCGGGGUAGCGCUCUUCUGUGGCUGUGGUCAUGAGGCGCUCUCUGGGACCGUCACCAUCCUGCAGACCUACUUUGAUGUUGUCCGGUCGCCUGUUGAUGCCCUGGACGUCUUCACCAUGAUUGACAUCUUUAAGUAUGUGAUCUAUGGAGUGGCAGCUGCUUUUUUCGUCUAUGGUAUUCUACUGAUGGUGGAGGGAUUUUUCACCACUGGGGCCAUCCGGGACCUUUAUGGGGACUUUAAGAUCACCACCUGCGGGCGCUGUGUCAGUGCUUGGUUCAUCAUGCUUACUUAUAUCUUCAUGUUGGCUUGGCUGGGAGUUACAGCCUUCACCUCUCUGCCAGUCUUCAUGUAUUUCAACAUCUGGAACACCUGUCAGAACAACACUGUGGUGUACAAUACUAAUCUUUGCUUCGACCUGCGUCAGUUUGGAAUUGUGUCCACUGGUGAGGAGAAAAAACUGUGCACUGCUUCUGAGAACUUCAUCAAGAUGUGCGAAUCUAAUGAGCUGGAUCUGACGUUCCACUUGUUCGUCUGCGCACUUGCGGGGGCUGGAGCAGCCGUUAUCGCCAUGGUGCACUACCUGAUGGUGCUGUCGGCUAACUGGGCUUACGUGAAGGACGCCUGCCGGAUGCAGAAAUACGAGGAUAUCAAGUCCAAGGAGGAGCAAGAGCUUCAUGAUAUCCACUCUACUCGCUCUAAAGAGCGUCUGAAUGCAUACACAUAAAGCACGCGGUCAUGCGCACACAUAUAAAUAUACACACACACACACACAUACACAAGCAUGCCGUUCCCUUCCCUGAAGACACAUAUAUAUAAACUAAACUUAACUAAGUCUAAUUUCCAUGGUUUCCAGGGUUGAGGAGAGGGAUGGGAUUGGGGAGGCAAAUAACUGUAACACUUGCUAUGUACGGGUGUGACUCAGAAUGUUGGUCUAUGGGCGUGCUUAUCGUCUCAAUGGCAACGUCUCUGACUACCCUGGAUUUAGAUUUAGUUUCUUUGUCCUUUCAUUUCUCCUCUACCUCCCUUUUCUGUUGACGUGUUUGAGAGCACAUCCUGAUAAACACAUCAACACUGAAAAAAA